CAGCCCAGGCCAGAGGCAGGUGCCGCCUCCUCGUACAUAAAGCGCGCUGUUGGGCAGCUUGCCCAGCAAAACGCAGCGGAGCAGGGCGGAGCGUUUGCCGGAGCGAGUGUUGCCGUCCGCGCCGUCGAGCAGGCGCCGAGGAGCGAGGCGUGGGGAGGACAUGGAGUGGGGGCUGCUGCUCUUCUGCGCCCCCCUGCUGGGCCUGUGCGUGGCCGAGCGACACACCGUCUUUUGGAACAGCACCAACCCCAAGUUUCUGUGGGAUGACUACGUCGUGGAGGUGAACCUGAACGAUUACCUGGAUAUCAUCUGCCCCCAUUACGAGGACAACAGCGUCCCCUCACACGCCAUGGAGCGCUACACUCUGUACCUGGUGGAGCAGGAGGAGUACGAAACGUGCAAGCCGCGCUCUAAGGACCAGAUCCGCUGGGAGUGUAACCGGCCGGAUGCCCUGCACGGGCCGGAACGGUUCUCUGAGAAAUUCCAACGGUUCACCCCUUUCACGCUGGGCAAAGAGUUUCGAGAAGGUCACGAAUACUACUACAUCUCAAAGCCAAUCCAUCGCCAUGGAGAUAACUGCCUGAAGCUGAAGGUGAUGGUGGCCGGGAAAAACGCUCGGACGCUGCCCGGCCGCGCUCCCACCCAGAAGGGGAGACUCCAGUCAGAUGACCCCGAUGCCCCGAUGUUGAGAAGUGUGGGCCACAACUCCGCCCCUCGGCCCUGCAGCCCCUUCACCUUCCUCGGCCUCCUGGUUCUGCUACUCCUGCGGUACAGCCUCUGACGCCCCUCGUCCCAGCCAAGCUAUGAGGAUGGAGGGUGAUCCUCGUUCCCGCAGGUCCGGCCUGUGCUCCCGGUUCCUCUGCGCGAAGCUGUGGACCAGUCAGUAUUAGAGGGUUGAGCGCCGGGAUAAAACGGAGGGCAGCUGUUGACGCCACGAGGGAGGAGGCGGGGCGGGGAGUGGUGACAGAUCGUGGCCGCAGGAUUGAGACAUCGAGCACUUCGGAAGGUUAAGUUGCGGAGAAUGUGGGCCGGAUGGACGGACAACCGGGCGUGGACUAGCUAGGGGAAUUGGGUACUGAUCUCCUCUGCAGUGAGGAACGGGACAUGAGGCUUCGGCCCUGUCAGACUCUGUUUCCUCUGCCCCAAAGGACACUUUGCUGAGUAUCCCGCAGGCAGGGACACUCAGAUUGCCACACGUGGACCGUGGGACGUGCCUCGUUGUUGGAAUCGGUGGACUCUUGAGAUGGCGCUGCGAGCUCUGUAUGGGGCAAAUAAUUUAUAAGACAAUAGACAGGCCGGGCCUGAAUUUUGGAAGAUCCCCUCUUUUACGCCUCCCUGAUGAACCAGUCUUCUACCCGCUUCCGAUGCAAACAGAUUUAGCCCAUACCCCCAAAGAGAGCAAAAGCGGAGCCCAGCUGGUUUCACGGGGAAGAAAACCCUAUUGGAUCAGACUGCGGGGCCUCCUCUGUGAUUCGCUCUCAGCAUCCAGUAUUUAAGAGGACACUGUCUGCAUAUGAAGGCUCCAUUUCCCUGGCAAGGCGAGUGACUCUUCAAGCAUUUAGAAAAAUGGACAAAAUCGAGAUGGGAUGCUCCGGUUCCGUGGCCCACCCUCUCUGUUCCAAUCAAGUUUUGAUGCUGGGGUGUGCGACUUCCUGUCUUGUCCUGCCGCAUCUCACAGGAUUUUAAAAGUUUGGGGAUAGUGACAGUUGAAGACAAUAAAAGGCAAUGGACCAUGAGAUCAUUCGAGGACGUUAUGAAAUAAUGAGGACAAUGGGCGAACUGAUGGUGAAAUGAACUUUUUGUAGGAGAGAGGGUAGGAGCGGAGGGCAAUGUCUCUGUGUAAAUCUCUUUCUACCACUGCAAUUUUUAUAUGGAAUAAAUAACUCUAAAACAAA